UUUUCAAAAAUGCAACCUACCCCUCCCAAGAAAAUUAAAAUCACCCCUACUGAGAGUCUUGACUUCUAUGUUAAAAAACUCGGUCAUGAGACCAAGUUUACCCAAAAAUUUAAUCUUCUUAAGUUAUCAACCAAAUUCAUAAUCACAAAUGUUUCCAAUAAUCCAGAAGGUUUACUAGGCUCGAUUUUUGAGUAUUGUAUCGAUCAAUCUCUAUUAGAAAAUCAUGAACGACAAAUGGAACCAGAUCAGCUAGGGUGUAUAAUUUCGAGUCAGAACCUUGACUCAGACAUUUGGAUCCCGGUUCGAGAAAUCACGUCCAACACAAUUGAUUCAAUUUUGAAUCAAUUCCUAAAGGUUGCCCAGAGUAAGAAACAGGAUAAUGGUAUGUUAUGGGGGGCCCCUUUUCUUGUUUCAAUAACAACUAUACAAAGAGAUGGACUUAAUUCUAGAACCGUGCAUGGUAGCGGUAGAGAGCUACAAACAAUUCAUCAUAGGAUUAAUGAACAAAACCUUAUAAAAAUACGAAAUACUGAUACUUACUGUCUCUUCCACGCUUUGAUGGCUACUUUUGUUCACGCAAUAUUUUCCUGGCCAAGAUGGAAAUUCUAUGAUUAUCUCCAUAGUCGAAGGGGGAUGAAACAACUUCUCGAAAACGAUGUAUUAGAGCUAAUGGAAGAGAUUGGAUCUGAAUUUAAUCAAGAGGUGUACUGCGCUGAAGAAUGGGUCCCACGGUUUAUAUAUUCGGGGAUUUGGGGGGAAAACCUAUUUAUAAAUACGGGCCUGAUAAUUUUGAUAUCCCUAUAA